UCUUUAAAAACAUUUGAAAUUUUUCUUAAGUCAAUAAGGCUUGUUUUUAACGAACAAGUUGAAUCUAAAAGAUUAUUACUUUUUCAUAACGGCGUGAAUUAAAAAUAUAUUUCUUAUUAUGAUGUUAAUGUAUUUAUUUUCUGCUCAUCUCAUUAUGUACAGUCCUUUGAGAGUUAGGCGAUUUUAUUGCUAACUCUUUGCUUGUUUGUUUGUUUGUUUGUUUGUUUGUUUGUUUGUUUGUUUGUUUGUUUGUUUGUUUGUUUUACUGUUAUAAAUAUACGCCCUGUUUAUGCAUACUUUAAAUUCUUGUUACUAAUAUAUAUUUAAAAUGCAAAAAAGUAUCAAACUGAAAAGAAUAAAAAUCUCAAAAACUGAUGGGAAACGCAGAAAUAGCCAAAACGUGCGAAAAAGUAACGACCAAAAGAAAAAGUGGCAGGAAAGAAGUAGUUGCCAUCGAAAAGAAAUUAAAAACUAGUUUACACAUAGCUACACACAAUCACACAAAUAAAUCAAAAUAACCAAAAACUAAAAAUUCGGCGAACUAUCGCGAUGUCUGUUUCAAAUCAAACAACAAUAUCAACAAAACUUGGAUUUUUCAAUCUCCGCAACUUAACAGUAUCGUUGAUAACCCUAGUAUUUAUCACAUUGCUCUACCUAACCAAUCAAGGAUCAAAAUAUUACACUAAUAACAUAGUUUUACCGCUAUAUCAUCCCAAGAUGUUAAUAUUCCAUCCUAAUAUAACCCCCAUCAUAAAUUCCAGCAAAACAUACACACUUCCUGUAAACGUACCACCCCAAUCUUGCUGGAAACGCUCUUUUCAAGAACUGUUGGAACCAUGCAAAGACUCCUUAUCUUGGACGAGCCGAAUAACAGACAUAAAUUUGAAAACAAAUUUAGCCUUAAGUAAAAUAGAUACAUAUUUUGGACCUGCCGGAAAAACAAGUUUUGUUAAAAUAUCAACUUAUGAUAACAUGAAUCGUAAAAAACGCAGGGGAGGAGAUUCGUGGUGGGUUACAGUAACAGAAAGUAUUUCAUUUCAUGUUGUCAUGUUCGACAAUUUGGAUGGCUCCUAUACAGGUUGGUUUGAUUUUGUGCAACCUGGAACUUACGAUGUUAGAAUUGACCUAAAGUACAGUCUAUGUGACGGAUAUCGAGAUCCUCCUGUAUGGUGGUUCAAAGUAGGCACCGAUCAUGGGAAAUAUCAAAAGCCAGGCGUACUAGGUGGACAGAAAGAUUUCAUGCAUCAGAGUAAAAAAUUUACCGUCACAAUUUCUGGGAACAAAAGUAUUGGUGAUCCCAAUAACAUAGACAAUGCGUACAUAAAUGACGAUUGUGGGUACUGGAUAGGAGGUAAUAAUUACGUUAGUAAAAAAAGAACUUUUGGACCAAUUAAAACUCACAAACGAGAUGGUACAAUUUGGUUUUAUGGUGAUUCACUACAAGUGCGUUAUGAAAAUUACUUUGGAGGGCGUCCAUUAUGCACUCAGUACUUUCGUUGUUCAGUGACUUACACAUGGCUAUAUCCUAACCCGCAUCCUUCAAGGAAGAUAUACGAUAACAAAGAUUUCGAUAAAAAUAUACCAUUAAAUGAUAUUAAGGCUGUUUUAAACAAUCCAGUCAUGAAGAAGAAUACAAGUGUGUUAUUUGUUAAUUGGGGACUUCACGUUGUAUUGGAUUUACCAUUCGAUGUUUUAAAAGAUUUUUUUCAAAGUUUUUUGACCAUAGUGAAGGAGUUAAAGCAGGCUUCACCUGAUGCAUUUCCACAAAUCAUAUGGAAGUCAACAACACCGACAUACGAAAGAGAAUAUUAUGAUCGUAACAGUGGAGGCAGCAAUGCAGAAGCGGAUCAUAUCAGAUUUCUUACCAAACAGCGCGUCAUGCUAUGGAAUGCGUAUUCAAGAGAUGAAGUAGAAAAAUCAGGGAUUAAGAUUGUCAACUUUUUCCACAUAGCAGCAUCGUACCCACCUGGUCCACUAGAUGGUUUACACUUUGCUGGAGAGGUAUUCGAGUCAACAGCUGUAGCACUAGAACAAUAUAUACUGUCAACUGUAUAGAUUUAGGG